AUGGCUGACGACGUGCCGAGAAACCGCAAGGAGAGGCGCGCAGCAGCCAAGCAAAAUGGCUCACAGAACAUAGAGCCGCCAACAAAGUUCCCGAAGAUCAAGAUGGAACGCCCAGACUAUUCCCGACCGAAAGGGAAGACGCUGAUGGAUGUGUACGAAGAAAAGAAGGCCAUAUUGGAGCAAGGCAAGCCCUUCAACGCUCAAUCUCACAACGACACGUCAUUUCUUCAAGACAGUGGGAACAUCCUCUACGCGGGCCUUGGCAAUGGGGAUGAACCUAUUGGUCCUAUUGAAGACGCAAUUGUCUGGACAUUUUGUCUCUCUAUGCUUCAUUUUACACUCGACGUGCUGGUCUACAGCCAAUACGCCCAAGCUAUCGUCUGGCGAGCGAUUUUCACUCGAUCGGCCACCAUAGCGCCUAUUCUAUUCCUGCUUGUCUACCUCUUGCGGUCUGCCCCAGCUCGCCGCUUCCCACUUGCACGGCAGAUUGUUUUCUUCGCGCUGGCCAUUGGCGCGGGCUGCUAUACAAUUUACAUGGGCAACACAUUCUCGUACUUCGCGGUCAUGAAGCAGGCGCCGCCCUUAGGAACUCUGUGGAUCUGGAGUGUGAUUGAGAUGAACCUGCCCUUCGCAAUCGCUAGUGUGGUUCUCGACUUGGGAUUCCUUUGGUGGAACGGGUAUUCGGCGUUCUAA